GAGACGCGCCUCUGAGUUUCAAAUAUCUACGACGAGAUUAUGAAGUUACCGUAAAGAAAAACGCACCAACGACGUAAAAAUAUGCAACAUGGCGACCUCCGUAAUGUCAAGGGGUGGGUUUACACUAUUUAGCAAUGUUGCAAGGCAGAUACACUUAAGGUUAUUUGCCUUUCAUAAACCCCAGCAGCACUUCAUCCACACCAGUGUCUCAUUAGACGUUAACAAGAACUGGGACAGGAAGAACCUGCAAGUCUUCCCACCACAGCAGCCAGGGGAAGCACAAAGACCUGCGGAGGUCCACCACUGCAGGAGACAAAUCAAGUACAGCAAGGACAAGAUGUGGUAUCUAGCAAAAAUGAUCAGAGGAAUGACCAUUGAUGAGGCCCUUACACAGCUUCAGUUCAAUGACAAAAAGGGUGCAAAAAUCAUGAAAGAGGUUAUCUUGGAAGCCCAGGAGAUGGCGGUCAGAAAUCACAACGUGGAAUACAAGUCAAAUUUAUAUGUUGCGGAAUCAUUCUCCAACAAGGGGAAGUACUUGAAACGUAUUCGUUACCAUGGCAGAGGAAUGUGCGGAGUCAUGGAUAAAGUGCACUGCCACUACUUUGUUAAGCUGGUGGAGGGGCCCCCACCUAAGGUGGAACAGAAGACAGGCUUUGACCAGGCCAAGGAGUAUGUUGAACAGCUCAAGAGUCGCACCAUCAUUCACUCACUAUAGAUCAACUAAUGUCUCUCUAUGUAUGUAAUUGAUAUCUGUUGUAAAUAAAUAUUGUGUAAUUAUAUUUGCUGGGUUGUUUUUACAAUUCUGGCUAGUU